CGGCUGUCUGCAUGAACGCAUGGUAGCUCUGUGAGUGCCGAUCUGUCUCUGUCUCUCUUUCAUGGUCUGCCUCUGACCACCGCGUUCGUCGAUCUCCUCCUUCUCUUUCUUCCUUCUUUCCCCUGUCUGUGUCUCUCUCGCCUUUCUACCGUCUUCUCGCUGUCUCUCUCCCCCCCUCCCCCCCCCGCCCGCCCUCGUCCCCCCCCCCCCCAGUCGUCUCUCUGGAUUGUUCUGUCUGUUCUGACGAAGAGGUCUUUUUUCCUGUCCAAACCGUCGUUCGAAGUCCUUGACUUUUCUUCUCCCGUCGCGUCUCUCCCCUUCGCCUCGUCCUCAUGAUCGGCACAGAGAGUUGCCUGCUAGUGUUUUUCCUUCUCGCCUUCCUGGAGGCUGUUCUCGUUUCGUUUCGCCUCGGCCUCGCCUCCCCGUCCUCUUGGUUCGUCUCGGCUGUCUCUUCCUUCUUCCCUUCCUUCUUAUUCUUCUGUCCGUUCGCUUCUCCUGGAGCGCCUUCGUCGUUGCCGACUCCUUCAGAUGAAGGCGCGCGCGUCGAGAGUUCACUUUCUCUCUCCCGACAAGCUUCCUGGCCGCUCUCUUCCCCUUCGUCCGUCGCUGCGAGUGAGGAGAGGAAGGCGUUUCUUCGCCUUCGUCGAAACUAUCUCCUCGUCUACCUCCUGGCGCAGGCCUCGGAGUGGAUUCAAGGUCCUUACAUGUUCGUCUUCUACUCCGCCUCCUGCAGUCUCUCUCUGCACCAUGUCGGUGUCCUCUUCCUGGCUGAGUAUGCGUCCGCAGGCCUCUUUGGAUGUCUUGUGGGGUGCGUCGCGGACAUCUUCGGGCACAGGCGCGCCUGUCUCCUCUACUGUCUGUUUUGUCUCCUUUCUUGUUUGUUCACACGCUCCUCCUCCUCCUUCACCCUGCUUCUUCUCGGCCGCGUCGUGGGCGGCGCGGCUCUGAGCGUCUUGGAGACUGCGUUCGAGGCCUGGGUCGUCACCGCGCAUGCCGCUCUCGGCUUUCCUCCCUGCUGGCUCGAGGAGACUCUCGGCGCAUGCACGCUCUUCAACGGCAUCCUCGCGAUUUUCGUUGGUUUCCUCUCCUCCGCGAUCUGCAAAGCUUCCGGCAUUCCUGCCUGCUUCGACCUCGCCGCCGUCCUCGCCGUCGCCGCUGCUUGCAGCAUCCUCGCGCUACUGCCUCGCGUUCCAGGAGACCGAGAAGGCCUCACGAAACGACAGAAGUCGGACAAAGAGGAGGCGCCGCGAAAGCGCGACGGCGGACAGGGAAGCGACCGAGCGAAAAAAGGACAUGGAGAAGAGAGUGAACAGGCAGACGAGGAAGGAAAGACAACGGCGGAAGGAAAGACAGACGAAGGGAAAGGAGAUGUAACAGACAAAGAAGAUGUAGAGGCGCAGGAAGGAAGAAGAGGCAGAGAAGAACAGCGAGACGAAGGACAGCGAGGUCCGGAAGUCUCGAGCGACGCAGGAGAGACGGUUCCUAUCCCCCCUAGUAAGGAAGAAAGAAGGCGACGACAGGACAGGAAGGAGGGAACGGAGGAAUCCGGCGAAGAGGUCUGUAGAUCUUCGAGCGUCGCCUCACAGAGCGCGAAGCCGCUUUUCGUCUCCACCUGCGUCGGUGUGAAAUUCAACGAAGAAGGUGGACCGCCUCAGGGGCAAUGGCUUCCAGCGUUUGGCGCAGCCAGAGAUACAGACAGAGAGAGAAGACGAGACAAAAGGUCACUGGCAGAGACAUCGGAGGCCUGGAAAGAGGAGUCGUGCUCCGAUGGAGUCUGUCGUGCGGUGGGAGGGCAUCUCCUCGCAGCUCUGCAAGUGAUCUUCAGAAACAAAGCUGUGCAGACAUGUGGAGCAGUUCAGAUUUUCUUCGAGGUUCCGAUGUACAUCUUCUUUGUCACAUGGACGCCUGCCCUAGAUUCGAGGAUGGACCCCGGCCUUGUCUUUGCAUGCUUCAUGGUCUGCGUCGUCCUCGGAAGUGAAGGAUUUCUCCAGUCUGGUUUGAGAGGCAGAGAUCCUCGUCUCGCGCUUCGGGAUGCGCUGAGCGUCGGCGCUGUUGCCCUCGCAGUUCCUUCGACGGUUGCUUCUCACGCGUCACGGUUUGCCGCCUUCUGUGUCUUCGAGGUACAGAAACGAAGAAAGGACGGAGGCGAGAGAAAUCAUGAGGCGCACAGGCCAAAAACGCCGGACCGUUUCGCCUCGCACCUGUCGACACAAACAUACACCUUUGAAAAACGAGUUCCAGUCUGUUCAUGAUGCACACAUGCAUGUACAAGCAAGGAUGUAUACGUAUAGAUGUUAUUUAUAUCUACGCAUACAUCGAUGCAUAUAGAGCACAUAUAUAUAUAUAUAGAUAUAUAUGUAUAUGUAUAUAGAUGUAGAUAUAGCACAUAGUUCCGUACGUGUUUAUGCCUGCAUGUGACUUCAUGGUGCAAUUUUUCGGAUUUUCUUGUCGGAAACGCAGGUUGUCUGCGGCGUCUACUAUCCGUGCAUUGCGACGGUGCGAGCGCAGGUGAUUGACAAUCGAACUCGAGCGUCGGUCGUCAGUCUUUUUCGCCUGCCUCUGAACGCCGCAAUUCUCCUCAUCGGCGGCUGGGGCUUGACAGAAACGAAUCUCAACUUGCUCUUCGCCUUCUCAGCCGCCAUGGUGGCAGCUGCAGCCAUUAUGGCUGCGCAUCUGAUCAACGUCGAAAGUGAACAAACCGGUCCCGGUGUCUGCAGCCGGGGCGGAGAAAGCGAUAGAGACCAAAGGCAGAUGAAGGAAAAAGUCUGAAACAGUCUUCAGAGAAGGAGCGUAGUGUUUCAGGCAUCGGAGAGCGUUGGGGAGACCAGGAUCUAAGGACAACCGCCUCUGAAAAACUCUGCCUGCAUUUACGCUUGCACACCUAAAAAAGAACGGAGCUUUCCUCUGCCAAACUCUCGUCUGCAAAGUGCACGCUUCUGUAUUUCUACUCAUAAAGGUGGAUGUGAAUGCGGGGUGCAAUCAUCUUUCCACUAUAUAUAUAUAUAUAUAUAUGCAUACAUAAACGGUAGGGACAUCUCUCUCUCGAUAUAUAUAUAUGUAUGUUUCGAUAUAGAAAUGGAUAAGCAGGGAGAUGGAUAUUGAUACGUGAAGAAACAUGUUGUUUGGUUGAAUGUGUAGAGAGGCGAAAGGGAUUAGCGUGUGCCAGCGGUCGCAGAAAACAGGCUGAAGAAUUCUUGUCGCCUUCACGGUGCCGGCAGAGAAAGGCAAUGGAAACAGGAAAACGAGAGACUUUGCAUUUCUCUCGGUGUCGGCACUCUCCCCAUCUUUCCUGUUUGUCUCAUAAUUGCGUUUCGCGCCAUCCCGCACCGACACCGAGUGCUCUGGCGCAUGCAGCGCAGUUCUCAGCGUCUCUUGUGUUCAGUGACCCACAGGGGAGACAGUUUUUCAAUGUUUCUGUGACGCCAGUGUCUCUGAGCAAGCAUGCGUCGAAAACGCGCACCGUUCGCGCUUCAGAGUUCACAACCGACUCGCAGAAAGCAAGCGAGGGAAGAAGAGGAGAGAGACCGUGUAGGGAUGCUAGAGACUUUCUGACGUAACACUGUCGCAGAAAAGGUGAGAGAAAGAGAGUCUCAGCUUCUCUGUGAACACCAGCGAAAAAACGGACGUUGCCUUCUCCUCUCCUCUCGUGAAAACGGCCUCGUUAGCAGACACGUUGACAUUCAACAGACCGAAAGAUACGCACGCACACACAUGUAUACGUACUUGUAUGUAUGCAUAUAUAUGUAUAUAUAUAUAUAUAUAUAUCGGUAUGGAACGACCUCGGCGUGAGCAUUUACACAUACACAUGUGUACAUGCAUGCGUCGCUACAUGUUUUUGCAUGCGUAUAA